AUGUCUCAUAAAUUUGUAAUUGUUGGAGCAGGUCUCUCUGGAUUGAGUAAUGCCUAUUUUAUUAAGCAUUUUUUUCCAAAAGCUUAAAUAACUUUGAUAGAGUAAUCAAAUCGUGUAGGUGGAAUGAUAGUUUCAAAUAAUAGAAAUGGAUUUAUUUGUGAAGAAGGACCAAGAUCAAUUAGAAUGGGGAAAUACAACAGACCACUCUAUCAUAUUCUAAAUAAGACCAAACUUUAUAAAGAAUGUAAGUGAAGCUCAAAUUUAAUUAGUUGUACCCAGUAUUCAAUAACCAUAUAGUUACAUCUAUUGGAAUGGAAAACUAAAUUCAGUUCCUUUGUAAAUGAAUUUAGGAACUCUUUCACAAUUCAUAAAGGAUAAUGGUAGUGGAGAUAUGUUGAAAUUAAUAAAAGCUGGUGCAAAUAUGAUGUUGUUGAAACCAAAUACAGAUAAUCUGGGAGAAUAUUUGGAUUAAGUUUUAGGAAAGGAGCUUACUGAGAAAUAUGCAGAGUCUGUAUUUUAUGGAAUUUAUGGAGAAUCAGUAUAUAAUUUAUCGAAGGGUUUAUGUUACAGUAAGAGUCAUAUGAGAGGAUAUAAAGAACAGGAGAUAUAGAAAGAAUUGAGUUUAGAUAAAGAUUUUGAAUAGAUAAGAGAUGAGAAAUUAAAAGGAGGUAGAAUUAAUAAUAAAUGAAUAGCAAAUAGUUACAGAUUCAAAGAUGGUGUAGAAUCUCUACCAAAGAGAUUACAUACUUAUUUGUAAGAGACAUAUAGUGGAGAAUACGAAGUGAGAUUGAAUUCAAAAGCAAAGAGAAUUGAAAUGAAAACGAAGGAAUUGAUAGUGGAGAAUAGAGAUUAGUAGGAAGAGUAGAGAUUAAAUUAUGAUUAUUUAAUAUUGAAUGCUCCAACACAUUAAUUGUCUUAAAUAAUGACAAAUUCUAAUUUGAAUAAGAUUGGGGAUGUAUUUAGAGGAAUCAAAUGUAAUUCAUUAGUAACUAGGAAUAUAUGUUGGGAUUAAAAGAUAUUACCUUAAAAAGUAUAGAAUAGUUUUUAGUUUUUAAGUUUAAAGGUUUUGGAUAUUUAAUAAAUCCAAAGUAAGAGUAAGUGAUUUUAGGAAUGGUAGCAGAUUCUUUAUCAUUUCCUUCUUAAUAUCCAGAGAAUGCAACUAAUUUAUCUAUUAUGUCAAUUUAUGAUGUUAAUGAUCAUGUAAUCUUAAAUGAAUUAAGCAAACAUUUGGGAGUUUAGAUUCCUGAACCUAAAGAAAUAAUAACUAAAAGUUGGUCUAAAGCAUUUACUAGAUUCUCUCCUGGACAUUAUGAAGAUAUGCUAAAUAUAGAGUCAGAAUUAAAUGGAAAAAAUAUUAUUAUUGGUGCUAACAAUUAUACCUUAGCUAUUCCGGAAUUAGUGUUCCUGUCAUAUAGUAAGAUUAAACAAUUAUAUUUGUGA